AUGAGCCCCGACCCGUCAGCUGCGCCCGUGCUGCUCGUGACGCACGUUACGGCCAUCGAUGCGGGCGCAGUCCCGGAUUUGCUCGCCGGCCUGGGGCGGCGGUCCCGCAUCAUCAGGGCAAACAAGGGGGAGCCGUUUCCGGAGGACGUCGAAACGCUCGGAGGUGUCGUCAGCUUCGGCGGGCCGCAGAGCGCCAACGACGAUCACGUCGACUACGUCCGGGCGGAGUUGGACUGGAUACCCCGCGUGAUGGCGGCCGGUGUGCCGCUGCUCGGCAUCUGCCUGGGAAGCCAGAUGGUGGCACGCACCCUCGGCGCCACGGUGGGCCCCGACCCGAACGGGCUUUAUGAGUUUGGCUACUACCCGAUCGAGCCGCUACAAGGCGCAGCCCAAGACCUGGCCCUCGACGCGACGCUCAACGUGGCGCACCGCCACGGCGAGGCGUUCACGAUGCCUGCCGGCGCCCGUCGACUUGCGCGGCGCGACGUGUUCGAGAAUCAGGCGUUUCGCUACGGGGCGACGACCUGGGCUCUGCAAUUCCAUCCAGAAGUCAACGACCCUGUGCUGGCGCGCUGGGUCGGCAGCGACCCACCCGCCGAGGAUUUGUGGCGGACCGGCGCGCAGACGCCGGCGGAACAGCGCGCAAACCACGCUCGCUAUCACGCGACCGUGCAUGAGUGGCUCGGGCAAUUCCUUGCGCUCUGGCUCGCCAGCGCGGAGCAGUGA